GCUUGAAACAGCUGAGUGUCAGGCACAACUAUCUUUUUUUUGUAGUGAAAACAUUUAAUUUAAAGUAAUCGAAGAAAAUUGUUAAGACCUCACGAUGAAUAUACCGACUGGUAUAAUUACACACACUCGCCGCGUGCAAAGCCUCUACAAGAGGGCUUUGCGUAAUUGCGAAGCCUGGUAUGAUCGCAGAGAAAUUUACCGCUACCGAGCUGUUCAGCUGCGUCAACGUUUCGAGGAAAAUCGUAAUGUAAAUGACAUGGCCAAAGCGGCGAAACUAUUGGCUGCCGGUGAACAGGAACUUUUCAAUUCCCAGCAUUAUCAGCCCAUUAAACAGGCCAACAGUCCCGGAGGUUGUGCCUUCGAGCGUGAUGUAGAACCACCAGACUGGAUGUUGGACUAUUGGCAUCCUUUGGAAAAGGCCCAAUAUCCAGAAUUCUUUGCAAAACGGGAACAACGCAAGAAGGAGUUUGUUGCUUGGUGGGAGAAACAGUAUGGUAAACCUGAUCCCAAGGAUUUGCACCAUUAAUGGCAGUGAAAGACAACGCUGUUUAAGUUUAAGUGGUGUAGUCAUCGUUGAGGGCAUCAUUCAUUGGCUGAUGUGAAUAAAAUAAAUACUAGUAAAUUAAA